CUGCAACUACAGAGAAAGAACACCAUGUUGCUUCACCUGCAACAGAAACCCCACUUUGUCUUCUUCUUGAGUUUGAUAAUCUGGUCAUGGUGGAGCUUUGACGGCGUCGUUUCGGAACCACAGACCAACUUUGUGAAACUAGGGUGUAGCCAGUACAACGUUAGUGAGUUGUCCAUCUUCAGUGAUAACUUGAACAUAACACUGAGAGACCUAAGAGCUCAGAUCAGCAACCAGAGCAAGCACUUCGCGACGGCGCAGGCCGUGAAGGGUAACAAUCCGGCGUAUGGCCUUUUUCAGUGCAGAAACUACCUCUCCAUCAAAGAUUGCCUUGCUUGUUUUGACUUCGCGAAGGUUCAUAUACGCAACUGUUCCGUCGCCGCCACCGGUGCUCGUAUCAUCUACGAAGGUUGCUUCCUCAGGUACGAGAGCAGUGGAUUCUUCGAUCAGAACACAGACGCUGGGAACAACAUAAUCUGCGGGAAUCAGACGAUCAGAAACACCACAGGACUUUCUUCAACUGUGCAACAAGUUCUAACGAAUCUGGACAUAGCAACCCCAAGAAUCAGUGGUUUUUAUGCAGCCACUAAGACGCCUGUGCCUAACAGUAAUGGCUCAAGCAUUUAUGCCAUUGCUCAAUGUAUUGAGACUCUCCCACAAGUUGGCUGCCAGGAUUGCCUCAACAUUGCCUUGAGAAAUUUCCAGAUCUGUCUUCCCAAUUCAAAUGCUAAGACUUAUGAUGCUGGUUGUUUCAUGAGAUACUCCACCACGGCCUUCUUUGCAGAUAAUCAAACCAUUAACAUUAAUCCCUUCCUGAAAGAAGGGGGAGCUUCAACGAAGAAGAAGGCCAUUAUUGGGGGAGUGGUUGGAGGUGGAUCUUUUCUUUUGAUCCUCCUUGCAUUAUUUGCUUUGUACAGACGAUCAACGUCGUCCAAGAGGAUUCAUAGAGGUGAUAUUUUAGGAGCAACUGAGUUGAAAGGCCCAAUUAAUUAUAGGUACAGCGAUCUUAAGAAGGCCACAAAGAAUUUCAGUAAAGAAAAUAAACUAGGAGAAGGAGGCUUCGGUGAUGUGUACAAGGGCACUCUAAAAAAUGGGAAGGUAGUUGCUGUCAAGAAAUUGGCUUUAGGGCAAUCCAAACAGAUGGAGAAAGAUUUUGAGAGUGAAGUAAAGUUGAUAAGUAACGUCCAUCAUCGGAAUCUUGUCCGACUUCUUGGAUGUUGCACUAAAGGACAAGAGAGGCUGCUUGUUUAUGAAUACAUGAGAAACAACAAUGUUGGCACAUUCUUGUUUGGAGAAAAUAAAGGCUCCCUCAACUGGAAGCAACGUUAUAAUGUAAUUUUAGGCACAGCAAGAGGUUUGGCCUAUUUACAUGAGGAAUUCCAUGUAUGUAUCAUACAUAGGGAUAUAAAGAGUAGUAACAUUCUUUUGGAUGAUGAUUUUCAACCAAAAAUUGCUGACUUUGGGUUAGCUAGGCUUCUCCCGCAUGACUUAUCUCAUCUCAACACGAAAUUUGCAGGAACAAUGGGAUAUACAGCACCUGAAUAUGCAAUGCAUGGACAACUAUCAGAGAAGGCCGAUACCUAUAGUUUCGGUGUUGUAGUCCUAGAAAUCAUAAGUGGACACAAGAGCGGUGAAUCAAAGGAUGAGAGCGAAGGAGAAUUCCUCCUUCAAAGAGCUUGGAAACUCUAUGAUAGAGGCAUGCACAUUGAGUUUGUGGACAAAACCCUAGACCCUAAUGAGUAUGAUCCAGAAGAAAUGAAGAAAAUCAUAGAGAUUGCUUUGCUUUGCACUCAAGCAUCUCCUGCAGCGAGGCCAACAAUGUCUGAAAUUGUAAUUAUGCUCAAAGGCAAAGGAUUAAUGGAGAACAGAAGACCCACUAUGCCAGUCUAUGUGGAUCCUAAUUUUAAUCCCAGAAGGGACUCUUCAACCUCUAACAAUUCAUCCUCAUCAAAUGCUACUGCCUCCACUAUUGUUCUAUCUGGAAGGUGAUUGAUUGCAUUAUGCAAGAACUUGAUGUCAAGGGUCACUCGAAGUUUCAACUGAAGUAAGUGUUGUAGUAAUGAUCAAGGAAAUAGCGUGUAGGGUUCAUCGUAAUUUCAUGAUUCAUGAUCUGUGUGCAAUGAAACGUCAAUUCUGUUUCUGUGGGUAGAAGUGUAUGUGAAAGUGAGGUCAUCCUUGGCCUAUUGUGUGAAAUAAAUUCUGAGCCUUUUUGGUUU